GGCCGGGCCGGGCGGCAGCGGCGGCGCUGGGCGGGCGGCGGCGGCGGCGGCUCGGCCCCGGGUGCCCCAGGGCCGCCUGGAGCCGGAGGCUUCCCCGCGGCUCCUGCCGAGCGCGGAGCAUCCUUCCCCCGGCAGCCGGGCUGGCACCGGCACCGGCACCGGCACCGGCAUCGGCAUCACCAUCGGCACCGGCACCGACACCGCAAUCAGCAUCAACGGCGGCACCGGCAUCGCCCCCGGCACCGCCAUCCCACCGCCCCCGGCCCCGGCAGCAGCAUCACCUCCGGUGCCACCAUCACCUCCGGCCUCGGCACCGGCCCCGGGAUCGCUGCCCGCACCAGGGUUAGCAUGACCGAGGUGGAACCCGUGCUGGACUUCGCAUCCUCCAGCAGGACGGGCCGGCGCAAUGCCCUGCCCGACAUCCUGGGCUCGCCCGCCGGCGUCAGCCCCGCCGACCUGCCCCUCAAACUGGCCGAGAUGUCCCUGAGCGCAGGCAGUGCCCAGGACAUGCAGUCGCCCUCGGCGGAGCUGCCCUCCCCGCAGCCGCCCAGCCCCGAGCUGAAGGACACGUCCUAACCCGCCGGGAGCGGCGGAGGAAGGAGCGGCCGCGGGGCACCGGCACAGCUCUCCCGGCACCGCCGGAGCCGCCGGGAUCCCCUCGGUGCCGCCGCACGGAGGACCUGGAGCGGCCAUGGGGCAGCCGCGCGUGGCGGGGACACGGAGGGGACCUGCCGUGACCAAGGGGCGACUCCCACCCACGCCCUGGGCCAGGACUCGGGGGAGAUGGGAUGUUUUGGCCUCCCCGGGGGGAGGAAUCUUUUUCUUCUGGGGCAUUUGGCGGAGCCGAGCGCGGGGGGGUCCCGGGGGGGCCCUCCUGGCCGCAGGAGCAGCCACGGGUGUUUCUUGCUGAGUGUGGUGUUCACUGUGAUGUUUUUGGGUA